AUGGCGGCCGGUCUCAACAUCGCCUCUCGAGGCAACCGGGCACUCUCGAGCACCAGCUCUAAGCUGCUGGACAUGCCACAGUCAGUCCGUCAGAGCCCGCGCGCAGCAAGUGUCGUUCGAGUGGUGCUCUGUCCCAGCAAGCCCUUCCUGCCUUGCCUAGCCUCGAGCAGCUCGGUACUACAACCGAGCAGGGCACUUGUUCCGAUCUCGGAUGAAGCCGACCUGGAUGGGCCGGGCCUGGCACAAGCCGUCGUCUUCCUCCGAACCAUCCCAUCCAGCAUCCAACCCCCAAAACUGCGCUCCCCAUCAUGCCACAAGCGAUAUCAUGAUCGCCUGGCAUCCCCCGGCAUCUACCCGGGGCCCGGGGGGUGA